CCAGCAGACGCUGACACCGACGUCUUAGUAGGCGACAUAGUGCGUAAACGACGGUCGGAAUGGUAACUUGAUGCAAAAACUGAUUUUCUCGUGAAUAAUAUACUAUGUGUUAAAAAAAAUCGGGGAGAGUGAAAGCAUUGAUGUUUUUUGUGUUUCAUUUAUGAUCAAAUUGUGUCACCGUGACUAAGCCUCAACGAGGACAAAUUCAAGGUAACAUCAAGUCUGGUCACCACUAACCAACAAACUUUCCUCAAAACCAGCCACGAGAGUUCUUAUUGAUAAAAAUGUGAGUGUGAUGUGUUCUCGUACAAUGCCAGAGAUAAUGACAGACGCAACGGCUCCUAAAAGUGAUUCCCCCAGUGUUAUGUAGCAGUGCGACGAAGAGAGAAUGAAGAGUUAGUGGUGGACUGUUUUUUGAAGUUGUGAUAAUAUGCCAGGAAUAGUCGUUUUUCGGAGACGAUGGAGUGUUGGAUCGGACGAUUUGGUCGUGCCUGGGGUUUUUCUCUUCACCGUCCACCUGAUUUGGACUGUCAUCUUGACGGUAUUUCUUAGCUUGGCUACAUUCGAAAAUCUCGUAUACUGUGAAUUGCAACUGCUGGGAUUGGUUUUGGGUUAUGUGGUAAUAUUGGUAUUUUCUAUGGCCCUUGAACUAGCCAUUUGUGUAGUAGCAAUGAAGGGGAGUAUUUUGGAUACGGCGCCACGUUCUUCUAUGCAGUAUAUUCUUUAUUUUAGAGUAGCUAUAAUGCUCAUAGAAGGAGGUUGGUUGUCGGCUGGUGUGGCUUGGUUUGUCCGCAAUUAUUUUACUUGUAAAACCGUCAACCCCAUGAAUCCUAAAGAGACUGUUUUGGGCAUGGUUGUGUGUAACUGGUGUAUACUAUUUUCUGUACUUAUUACCGUGUGGUGUACUUACGACGCGGCAGGACGCUCGUGGGUCAAGAUGAAGCAAUACCAACGAUCGAUGAGAGAAUCUGAAUCAAAAUUUCAAUAUAAGAGAUCAGGCAGUACACGAAAUUGGCGACAACGAAAAGUCCUGCGAGCCUAUCAGGACAGUUGGCAGCAGCGUUGCCGUUUCCUCUUCUGUUGUUCGUCAGCUUCCGACCGCAAUCGCAAUUCAUUCGCCGACAUCGCUCGCCUCCUUUCCGACUUCUUCCGGGAUUUGGACGUAGUGCCAUCCGAUGUCAUCGCCGGCUUAGUUUUGCUACGCAAAUUUCAAAAAAUCGAACGCAAAGCUAUAGUGGAACAGCGCAACAACGACACCUACGAGUUCCUUUCUGGCGUCGCUGUAACUUCCCGGACGCAAUUUCUCUCCUUGCAAGAAGGUGCCGAUCUGGAACUCUUCCAGACGGUUAUUCAUUUUGCCCAUUUUGCCGUCCGCGCUUACGGUUGGCCCAUUUACGUCAUGACGUCAUCGAUGGGACUUUGUCGAUUGUGCACUGAUUUGAGAUGUUUUUGCUGUUUACCGUGCCAAAAACCUGAUUCGGCCGAAAUUGUUAAAGAUAAUUGCUGUAAAUGUAAUUAUGCCGCUCUACAGAAACUUACCAGUUUAGGAGAUAUUGAAAUUAUUUACGUGACGUAUCAUGUGGAUGUAGGACAGACUCCAUUCUUUGUUGCGUUGGAUUAUGAUAGGAAAAAGGUUGUGAUUAGUAUUAGAGGCACCCUAAGCAUGAAGGACAUUUUGACAGAUCUGAACGCUGAAGGUGAAACUUUACCGCUAAAUCCGCCAAGAGAAGAUUGGUUAGGUCAUAAGGGAAUGGUUCAAGCUGCUCAAUAUAUUCUUGAAAAAUUACAAGAGGAACAAUUGAUUGAAAGAGCAUUACAACAUGCUCCUGAACGUGGAACUCCAGAAUUUCAAAUUGUUAUAGUAGGACAUUCAUUAGGUGCUGGUACCGCCAGUAUUUUGGGAAUUCUUUUAAGACAGUAUUAUGCUUCUUUGAAAUGUUAUUGUUACUCGCCACCAGGCGGUCUUCUUAGUUUACCGGCGGUGGAGUACACCAAAGCCUUCACCGUCUCCGUGGUAGUAGGUAAGGACGUGGUGCCUAGAAUCGGACUUAACCAAAUGGAAACACUCCGAGCGGAUCUAAUCAAUGCUAUCAAACGCAGUGUUGAUCCAAAGUGGAAAACCAUCACUUGCAGUAUUGUUUGUUGUGGCUGUUCUCAACCUACUUCAGCUGUAGAACUGUCCACUGGUGAAAGCGACGUUGGGGAAUACAUGAGGUCGAAACGCAACGCCCGUGGAGGUUUGCAUCCUUCGGAUAGUACCAUUGCUUUGACAUCUCAUCAGCCAUUGUAUCCUCCGGGACGAAUAAUUCACGUGGUGAGACAUCAUCCGACACGUGGCGAGCAAGCAUUAUCUAACAGAGAACCCGUCUAUCAAGCACUUUGGGCAAACAAUACUGAUUUCGAUGAAGUGUUAAUAUCUCCCGUUAUGAUACAGGAUCACAUGCCUGAUAAAGUAUUAGAUGCCCUCAACAAGGUUGUAACGACACUUGGCCCGAGAAAACCUCAACGCUCCUCUUCGAGCAAUCCCCAAAAAUGCUGGGAGGAGGAUGGUCUCCUUUCUGGUCUCAGUCCCACUCCCCCACAUCGAGUGUAUCUGGAAACAAGUUUCACAUCAUUACAGAGUCCAAGUAGUGCUCCUAGCAAUGCCUCUUCCGUCACUAACGGCUACUACUCAACUAGGAGCCAACCCUCACCCAUAUUCCCUAUAACGAAAAGUUUAAGUUUGACGCUCAAGAGACAAACACCAAGUCCUGCCUUGAAACUGGACUUAAUUCACGACGACUGGUUCGGACUGGCACCGUUGGCCAGUCCUGAGAGUCUGUCGGAGGUUUCCAGUAUUAGUUCUAGAGCCAGUGUUUUGGUCACCCAAACAACGAUUUGUGAGAUCAACACCCCGAAAAUUAUGCGACGAACACCGAAAAUCAUCGGCAGUUUAAGCACUUGUGCUGAUGAUAUUCGAAACGUAAGGAAUUUCCAAAAAGCGGAAGUUUUUUUGAGGUGUUCGAAUAGCGACAGUCCGGCCACAAAUUCCAGCAGUAAUCUCAGUUAUGAAUCAGCCGCUUCGAGUAAAUGUAAUGAUCCGGAAAUAAAAUGUUGUGAAAGUGACGAGUUUCAAUCAGCCGAAGAUAUUUUAGAUAAUGUUUUGGCGAGUGCUGGAUGCAAAGAUUUUUUUAACAAUAAUUCGGGCUUUUUGGAAACACAUUUUGACAUGUUUGAUGAUAAUCCAAAGACGAGCAAAACUGUCCAAUCUCCGUCCACCCCACAGGACAUCGAUCCCGACAUCAUCUCCAACUUUGCCAUCGAUCUGAAUUUAGACGAAGAGCAUCGUUCCCUCCAAUUUGUCAGUCGAAGCGCCGAAACUUCUAAACCCAACAGUGUCGAUUCCGGUAGCGUUUGUCGCACCCCAUCCGAUACCAAGAACGUCACAUUCAACCCACAGGUCAUCAAUAUCGACAGUAGCAUGGUUUCGACCGAUUACAGCUCACCUCGCAAACACUGGCACCUAUUCAAAGGCCGCAAACACAAAAGUGGCGAAACUCGUGUCACCUCCCCUCGGAUAAUUCCUGAUACGCCAGUUCCCAAAACUAUUUUGUGUGUGAAAAGACGUAACAGCGAAGAAGAGUGCUUUUCUCGAACUGAGGCUUUGCCUCUCUUAAGCGGACUUAAUAUUAACAGUGAGAGGACGUCUCCUAGUUUUGUUAGACGGAAAAAAUAUGUUUAUCCUCUUGAAAUGACUAUUAAAGGAGAGAGUAGCGUGUAGUGCCUGUAUUUGUUUUAUGGUGUUUUUAUUUAGGCCAGGAUUCUUAAAUUCAAUUUAUUUUAAGGUAAGAUUGUCAGAAAUUGCUUUUCUUAUCAUCACUAGUGAAAAUUUGUCUAUUGUCAAUAAUUUAUGCUUGUGUUUAUUCACACAAAGUGGCCAAAAUGUUCAGAAACGAUUGCACAAUUUAAAAACGUUUUAUACCAGAAAAUCCU